CCAACCAACUUCACGUCACACCCAUCUCCGAGCGAGGCCUUCCUCCUUCUUUAAUUCACCCCACCACGACACCCCACCACACCACAGCAACAACCAAUCGUCGACGACACAACAAACCACAACUCCACUCAACUCGGCUCAGCUCAGCUCGAGAGCGUCAAUAAAAUGGGACGCUACAGGGGUAGAGGAAGAGGAGGUGGCAACGCUGGAGAAGGGAGUUCGCGUGGUGGCGGCGCACGAGGAGGCUACAGAGGUAGAGGCGGAGGCGGGCGUGGUCGUGGACGCGGAGGUACAGAUUUCGGUGGCAGGGACAGUCAAUUCCAAUCUGAGGAAUAUCCGGGCUCGCCGGGUAGCCAUGCGUUUUCGAUGCGGGAAGAGGCGCGGAAUACGGAACGACACAGUUGGAGCUCGCAACUUCGAACAUUGGGUCCAAUCAGCUUCAUCCCAGCCGGCGCACUCGACCCUGCCGACCUGUUGAAACCCCUCAAUGCGGAGCCUGGUGAGGAAGUUCGCGACGAGACGAUGGGUAGGGAUGGACCCGCGGAGGGAAUUGAUUCGUCACCAACCACCACCCCGGCAGAGAUUUCAACGCCUCUAUCAGCCGAGAAGCAGUCAAGCGACGAGGACAAGAUAGCCGGACUCGACGAGGACAAGAUGGAAGGGCUCGACGUCGGUAAGCUCGAUCUGGGUGGUAACGAGAUGGCUGAACCGGUGGAGAAGGAAUCGGAGGAGAACUUAGAAUUCGUCAUGGACCUUACUGGCGAUACCAAUGUCGUACCGAAGUUUGAGGCUCCCGUCGUGCGAGCCCCAUCGCCAACUCCUUCCAUCUCAUCCAAUACCAGUGAGAAGAUUGUCUUUGUACCCAAGGGUCGACGUGGUGCCCCGCCGCCUAAGUCACAGAAGAAGACUACCAAGCCUGCUACCACCACCUUCGUCAGUCCCGAACCGUUCAUCCGCACUGAACCAGUUGUUGUGACUACUACUGCCUCCACGAUUGUUGUAUCAUCCACAUCUAUAGCCCUACCGCAGCUUAUAGAAGCCAAGACACCAGAGCCGGAGGAAGACUUUGUCCGACUCGAAUCCAAAGGCAAAUUUAACAAGCGAGCCACGCAAGGGAACAAACGCCGCAAGCCGCCCAAGCGCGGUCGCGGCCUUGAUGAAGCAGCCGAGGACUACAUCGAGAAUAUCGCGGCUCAGAUGCGGGAAGAAGCGUUGGCGAGUGGCGGCAAUCAGCCUACCAUGACAGUUAAUCUUCGCGACCUCGAUGUCGACGAUUCCGCAUGGGUCGACGACUCAUCGACCGACGAGGAUGAGGAAGCUUCGGACUCUGAUGCUGUUCGCCGGUACAAGAUUGGCUGGACGGAAGAUCGGCUCGAGGACUUUGAUGCCGUGAGCACCGACGACGAAGGCCCUAAGGGUGUGAUCUCAUCGGUUCUCCGGAAACGUUCUCGUCCCAGCGGUUUGCAGUACCUAAUAAAGUGGGACGGCUACGAGACCGACGACGCCACUUGGACUCUUGCUGAUAUUCUUGAUUCGUCGGCUGCGGCUCAUAUCAAGAAGUUCGAAACCUUCGUAGCUAAGCAGGCGGCACAGAUGUCAGAAAGCAGCGGUUCAGACAGCUCCGAUGAGGAAGAUGACGAAGAAGACGAGGAUGAUGACGAGAACGAUGAAGAUCUGGAUCUCAAACUUGCCCGUAUGCUGCAGCGUCACGAGGAGCGGAAAAUGCUGGGUAUUGUUGACGAUGGCUUCCCUGAGAUUAUGGAUCUGGAUGACGACUUCUUCCCUAUUGGCCAGCGUCGCAAACAGAAUAAGAAACGUAAAUCACGUCAAGGACUGCCUGACAUCACGCCCGAUCCCAGGUCAGGUCAUUACCCCUCCGCAUCCAAGAUGGCUGAAGAGUACGACGGCUUCGUCAUGGAUUGGGAAAGGCCAUCGAUCGUCAGCAAGAAGAAGGGUAAGGGAAAGAUUAUGCCAGAUCUCAACCUAUCAGACUCAGAUAUGGAGGCGCAGAUGGCGACUUCCUGGCAGCGCGACAGAGAGAAGAAGAAGCUACGCAAGAUCCAACGGGAGGAGCUGCGCGCCCAGGGAAUGCUUAACUCGAAGGCCCGCAAGACUGGCCAGCCGCUGCUCGUCGAGAAGUACAAAGUGGGCAUGACCAUGACACAGGUGUACGAGGAGAUCCGCACGUUCAUGCUUCGCGGGAACGACAGUCUUGCUCUGCCUCCCAUGUCGAAAUUCGACCGUAAGGUUGUGCACAACCUCGCGAACAAGCUGAACCUCAAGAGCAAGAGCGUCGGCAAGGGUACCGGCCGCUUCACCACCCUUAUCAAGACCAGUCGCUCUGGGGUCUUCGAGUUCGACGAGGAAGGCAUCGACUCGGUCCUCCGCACCGGCCGGUUCGCAAAGCGCAUGGACGUUGGAUCCCGCGGCGGACGGAAAGCGCCUGGAGGCGGUGGCGGCGGUGGCGGCGGCGGUGCAAGAAGCGGCGGCUUGCGCGAGGGCAUGAAGGUCGGAGCCGAGGCGCCCGCGCUCAGCGCGGACAACCGUGGCCGUCUCAUGCUCGAGAAGAUGGGCUACCGCUCGGGAAUGACGCUGGGAGCGGUCGAGGGCCGCGGCAUCAGCGAGCCCGUUAUCGCUAUCAUGAAGAUGUCGAAAGCGGGACUGUGUUAAGGCGGUACGAAGGCGAUAUGGCGAUAUGCGGGUCGAGCUGGGUAAUUAAGUACGUACUUUGGUGCCAUGGCGUUUACUUUGCUUGCUUAGGGAAGGUAUUCUGUUCUUCUCCAUUCUCUGUUGUGUGUUUUCAUUCUUUGCAGGGUGUGUGGUGGUGGUGUGUUUCCUUGCGACAUGGGCAGAGGAGCAAAGGAGCAGAGGAUCCAGGACCAUCUCAAUUGUAUGUCGAGGGUGUGUUUGUGAUUGGACUGCGAAGAAUGAAGAAAGCUGCGGAGGCGCCUGUUGGCCCUGGCCCCGCCCCCAUCUGAUUUUGAGUUUCCAACGCGUGCAAGUGCGGAGUUCUUUUGUCACUCGACGGUAG